AUGAAUAGUAUUCUUGCAGCUGCACUUAACUCCAGUGGUGUAUUUCCUUUCAAACCAUUUAUUGAUCAAUGCUGUGCUCAAAAUGCUGUAUAUGCUCGAACUUAUGAUGAAAAAAUCUAUGAUGCUCGAGAUUCACCAUCGAAACAUCUAGUUAUUAUAUGUUGCAUGGAUGCACGCAUCGAUCUAUUUCGUAUUCUUGGAUUGCAACCUGGUGAAGUACAUAUCAUUCAAAAUGGUGGUGGCCGUCUUCGUGAUGCGGUUCGUUCACUUGUUUGUAGUCAAGCAUUGUCACACACUAAAGAAGUUAUGAUUAUUCAUCAUACUGAUUGUGGUUUUACCUAUUUUUCAAACAACAAACAAAUUUUGGCUUCACUCAGAGUAAGAACAGGAACAAGAACAGAACAAUUGAACCCAUCACAACUAUCGUAUGAUGAAGAUGACCCUGAUUUUAUGCCAAUUACUGAUUUAGAACAAUCAGUUCGUGAUGAUCUUGCUGAAUAUAAAAAAAAUCCAUUGCUUAAACAAGACAUUAUUGUUCGAGGAUUCACAUUAUGGACAGUUAUGGCUCUCGCUACAAUUGAACAACAGUACCAUACUUUAUCAGGAAAUGCUAAAGAAAGGUCGAUGAUAAGACAAUCUCAAUUUACAGAACGAUUGACAAAUAUCGAAUUCAUCCAUUUAACUGAUUAUGAUGAUUAUCGUCUUUAUAAAUUAAUACAUAAAUAUGGUUCCACACAAGCUCAAACAUUCACAGUCAACAAAUGGCUUGAAGAAUACUUGCAAGAAUCAUUUGAAACACCCAAUCGAUAUUAUCCUAACACUGUUCAAUGGUGUAGUACAACAAUGCUAGCUUUUUUCAUUCGAAAUACUACUCUUUCUAUGAAAAACAUCAAUGCUCUUCUUUUAGCUCGUCUAGAAGCGUAUGACAACUCAAAAUAUAUCUGUUAUAUCAGUGUUUUGAAAGAACAUCGUCAAAAUGGUCUUGGAACAAAAUUAUUAAAUGAAAUUAUCAAAGAUGCUAUUCAAGCAAAGAAUUCUCGAAUCUCAUUGCAUGCGAACACAGAAAAUAAGAGUGCCCUAUCACUCUAUUUAAAAUGUGGUAUGCGAUGUAUGGCCUACAUUCCUGGUUAUUAUUUCGGUGAUCAAACAUACGCAACUCAAAAUGCUUUUACAAUGACUUUACAAAUUAAAAAUAUUAAAAAUAGUACAACAGUCUGUCAUUCCACAACUGCUGUUGAAAUCUCUUCACAAGAAGAAGCUCUUUACAAACAACAAUGUCCACAAGCAUUUACCGGAUGA